UACAGAAAAAGUGGAGUAUGUCAUAAGUUCAAUCAAAGUAAGAAGCAAAGCAGAUGUAUGGAUACUUGCGUCGAUGAUGUUUUUGUAAACCGAGAAAUGGCUGGAAAUAUAAAUUUUGAAAGCUCUUUGAGUGGAAAAUUCAUUGGGUAUAAACAACUUGCCGACGUACCAAUAUAAUAGCUGUGAGGUGACGUACAGCUGAAUGAGACUUUGCUUCGAAUGUCUUGACGAAGCACGUACGACCUUUAAAACUGUAAAACUGUCUUCGUUGUCUAUCUAAACACGGCUCCUAACAUUGCUUAAAUGGGAAUGACUUCAACCCGUGAUAUUCAAAGCAUGUGUCCGUUUAGUGUGGUUGUGCUUGCCAUGUGCUUUUCGUUACUGCUAACAGGCUUGCCCAUCAAUGCCACAAGUUGUAGUUUUAAACCUGUAAUCAUUGAAAUGAUUGGUGCUACUGAUCUGACAAUUGAUUGUAACACCACAGAUCCAAAUGCCAAUGUAACAUUGCUGUUGAACAAUGUUAGAUUACCUGUUGGGGGCAGAGUUACACUUCACAAGCAAGUCUUCACUAUUCACAACAUUUCAACUGGAGAUCCAAGAACAUACAAAUGUGUAACCAGUAGUGGUUCAAGCAUGACAGUUUUUUGCCAGACCGUAUUCACUUAUGAAGAGAAACCAGCAUGCUGUCCAAUAGUGACUCCUGAAGUAAAGGUUAUGGAGGCUGGUACAAGCGCAAAUUUCACUUGCAAAGCCGUUAUUACUGAUAGUCUCUCAAAGUAUUUUACCUUAAGGUGGUUUCGAGAAGAGAAUGGAACUCAUGUAGAAAUUCGUCAAGGUGACACAAUGCACAAGCAAACUGUUGUAUCAUAUGGCCAUUCUGUUCUUACAAUUACAAAUGCACAACUUACACCAGCAGAGGGUGUAACGUAUCGGUGCCAGAUAACCUACAGGGGUAGAGCAACUUCCUACCCUCUACGUUUGCUAGUAGUCAAAGAUUUUGCACCCAAUAUAAUUUUAAAGUCUUUUAAGGAAUCAGGAACUGUUAAGGAGAAAGAUAGGUUGUUAAUGCUUUGUCGGGCACGCGGCUUCCCAUUGUCUAACUUCACUUGGAUUCAUAAUGGAGCAGAAAUGUCAGUGUGUUUAAUAACUUCAAGUCAAGGUUGCAUGGGGGAAAGUUACAAAGUGCUGCAAGAAACCAAUGAGGAGUGGCUUACCUCAAUGAGCCAACUUAUCAUAGAGAGUACAAGUUUUCCAAGAGACAAUGGGACUUACACCUGUGUAGCAAGGAACAGCAAGGGUUAUGAUGAAAAAAACAUGGAAGUUUCCAUUGAGAGUAUGUGUUAUAAAAAUCAUAAAUAG